AUGUUGCCCUCGACGCGCGCCACGGUCGAAUGGGCGUCGACGGCGGAUCGCAACCAACUGGUUGGCGAGCGCUUGGCGCUGGCCGAGUCGGCGUACGACGUCGUGCCUGGGACCGCGUCCGAGACAAGGCGCCCCGACAAUUACGGCCAGUGUGUGUGGGACAACAAGGACAGCGACGGGGAAACGUCUCGUACCGAGUGCUUUGCCAACGUUGUCGAGACGGGCAAGGCGCUGGCGUACCCGUUCCCCCGAAGCAGCUACCACUACGACACGGACCCUAACCACGCGGUCAAGGAGGAUUCGCUGGACAAGCCGCACAUUGCACUGGACAUCGAGUUCGACGUGUCCAAGAACAACGCAGUCUCGGUGGUCGACACGCAGUACUUUGACUUUGAGAACUUUGAAACGAACGCCGCGUCCAUCCUGUACAAGUCAACGGGGCACUCGGCGGGGCGGUACAACCCCGAAACUUUGAAGGGGUCGACUCGAAAGACUGCUCGACGGUCGUGCCAAAAUGCCAACAAGGACGGGUUCACCAAGGCCAACGUGGACGAAUUGAAGUUCCAAGUCGACAAACUGGUGGAAUACCGGCAAAAAGCCGACAACAACAAGUGCAGCGAUGACCGGAGCGACACAAUGGGUCUGCACCAACUUUUUCGGUGUCGAGUCCGAGCGCGACAGCAAGGCCGACACCAAAGUCGACGACGCCCUCCAAAGCUGGAAGUCCUUCCCCUCAGUGUUCACAUGCGCCCGAUCGUGAAAUUCUACACGCCGUACUCGUGCGCCGCUGACUACGGGGUGGAAGGUCUGGACCGGCGCCAGUGCGCCGGGGAUGCGACGCAAUUUUGCAACUUUACGCAAACCGUGACGGCCAGGGCGUCGGAUUUGGUGUCGAAAGUCCAAGUCGGGCUGAAACCGUCGCCGGUGAAACCGCCAAUUCUAGACCCGAAAACGGAGUUUCCAGGCUCCAACUACAAUGCCCCGAGCACGACAUCCAAGGAACUGCACUUUGACGUGACGUGUGACAACAACGCGCCAGAGUUUGCCACGUAUUGCACGUCGCAUUUGCAAGUAAAAGUCAGCGACUUGUUCAAGUUGGAAGCCACGCUCAACACUGACAACGACGCGGUCAAGGCGCUGCUGGCGAACCGCCCCACGACGACGACCAACCCGAUUGUGUUUUGGCGCGUCAAAAACACGCUCGCCGGCACAUGGCAGGAAAUUUCCGCGGCCACCGGCGAUUUGAAGGACUCGACGGCUGUGCUGACGUUUCCCCAGUUCAAAUCCGAGCUCGUCUUUGAAGCGUACACGGCAUGCGGAAAGGUGGGCGACUCGAUCACGUGGACCAUCUAUGUGCAUCGUGCAUCGCACUGA